AGGUCUAUGCGCUUUAUCCCGCAGUAUACGGUGUUAAAUCGCACGGAAUGCAGAUAACUUGCUUUUCCACUUGGCAAAAUGAAACAUUAGUUUUCCAAAUGGCGGUCAGCGUUGUUUCCUCGUCACAUAACUAAAUAACAGCACUGGAUGCACGCAAUGACCGGAGCUUAAUCGGAAAUACACUCUCAUACACGCAUCUCGCACUUAUCGAUCGUUACUAUCCCUUCAUCGUUCGGAAAUACCGCGACUCCUACUUCGCGAAGAUAAAACCAUACUUCUCGGGGAAAAAGAAGUGAGAGAGGCGCGCAAGCGCCGAGGAAACCUUCUGUUGUCCUCCGUCGUGACCUUUCCGCUCAAUAGCUGGCGAGCGUUCGAGUCACGACCAUGUCGCACUCGUUCCGCGUGUUCCCCAAGCACAACGUCCUUUACGAGCAAGAUAGCGAGUACAGCAUUCAGCUGAAUCGCUGGUUCCUCAAGCCGAUCGGCGCUUGGCCCGACGAUGCCAACCAACCGGUCAGCCUUGCGAAAAAACUGCUGUCCCGCUGCAUCCAAUUCAUUUGCCACUCUCUGAUCGCCUUCACGGUGGUGCCAUGCGCGCUUUACAUCAUGUUCGAACCAGACGUCCACCUGAAGCUGAAGGCCUUCGGCCCGAUGAUACACUGGCUGAUGGGUGGUAUGAAUUAUUGCUCGCUGCUGCUGCGUAGCUACGAGAUACGCAAAUGCGUAGACCACAUGCGGGCCGAUUGGCGGCUCGUGAAGGGUACACACGAUCGGGAGGUGAUGCUGAGGAAUGCCAAAUUCGGACGAUUCGUGUCCACCUUCUGCGUGAUCUUCAUGCAGGGUGGCGUCUGUUCCUACAGUAUCAUAACCAGUUUCACCCCGGCGAUCGUGCGCAUCGACAAUAUCACCAUCGCGAUGCACCAACUGCCAUGUCCGUUCUAUACGGAACUGGUGGACGCCAGAUACAGUCCGACGAACGAGAUCGUGCUCGGCCUCCAACUGCUCUCGACCUUCAUAGUGAACACCGUCACGGUGGGUGCGUGCAGCCUUGCCGCGGUCUUCGCCAUGCACGCCUGCGGCCAGCUGAACAUCCUGAUGUUGAGACUGGACGAGCUCGUCGACGUGUCUUCGGCGAAGGACGAGUACGAGAGCACGCGCCGGAAACUGGCUGCCAUCGUGGAGCAUCAUCUACGUGCAUUGAGUUUCGUGUCGCAGAUAGAAACGAUUAUGCAUCAAAUAUGUCUCGUCGAGCUGUUGGGCUGCACGACAGAUAUAUGUAUGCUCGGAUAUUACACAAUCACGGAGUGGGAACUGCACGACACGAAAAAUUUGCUCACGUACUUCACUAUAUUUAUAGCCAUGUCAUGCAACAUUUUCAUAUUUUGCUACAUCGCUGAAAUUCUCACGGACCAGUGUCAAAAAGUAGGUGAUGUCGCAUACAUGACAGAUUGGUACCAAUUGCAUCAUAAAAUUGCGAUCGAUUUGAUCUUAAUAAUCUCGCGAUCGAACACCGUUAUAAAGAUAACAGCCGGAAAAAUGAUUCAACUGUCUAUCGCAACUUUUGGAGACGUAAGUCUGUCCGGUAACACAUAUAUUAACGCUUUUAUAGUAACUAAAUUUGUAUGAUGGCGAACUUGUGUGUCUGCAGUCUUCCGCAAUUUCUGCUCGAAAUUUUGCUGUGUCACGUUAUCACUAAAGAUCCUUUAAUUACCGCCGAAACAAUUAUGCUACUUGAAAUUUUCAGAUGCUAAUACGCACGUAGAAUUUUAGAAAAGACAUUGUUACAGAAAAAUUCACAAAAUUGUUAACACAGAUCUGUCAAUCGUGAUUAUUUCAGGUGAUGAAAACAGCAUUUGCGUAUUUAAAUAUACUCAGAACAG